AUGAAUGAAGACAACGUUUCUGAUAAAUGGAAAUUAAACGUCUUACCAAAGCUAAAAAGAAUGAAAGAAGAAGCAUAUGAGAAUCGACUGAAAAUGAAGGAAACAAAGAAGUUAGAGUCAAAACAAAAAAGAAAAAAGAACGCCAUUGAACUUAAAAGCUCGUCUGUUAUCAAAAUUAGACUUAAAGAAAACAAAAAUAAAAAAAAAUGUGUGAUAACUAAAGUCGAUGAAAAAUCAUCAGAUACAAAAAAUACAAAUGAAGCUACUAACAACAAGAAAGGCGAAGAAAAGAAAAAAAAGAAGGCUAACAAAAGAGGUCAAAACAUGACACAAGCUAUGAUUGAUGCACAAAGACAGAAGUGGAAAGAAAAAAAGAGGAAAUACAGAGAACGCGUUGCUGCUGAUCUAGAAAGGUCAGAGAAGGCUAAGUCGUAUGAACGUGAACGAAAUAAAAAAAGAAAAGAAAAAGGACAGCUAAAAAAUAUAGGUGAUAUGGAAAAUCGUGAAAAAAACAAGCAGAGGAAAAAAUGGAGGGAGGCAUCAAAUAGAUAUUAUCAAAAAAAGAAAUUAAGUGGGAGAACAGAGAAAUUUAUCAACGACAAUACUCCACCAUCUUCUCCCUUAUCGUUAGAAGAAAACAUUAAUUACAGAAUUGUUGAAAUUUCUUCAAGAAGACAGCAAGCAGGAAGGAGAAGACAAAAGCAAAACACUGAAAGAAAGCGACAAGAAGUAUUGGCUUUGAAAAAAAAACUAUAUUUGACUAAUAUGAAGAUGGAAAAAUGGAAAAGAAAGUAUCACCGAGUUGUUAACACUAGAAAGACUAGUCCCUCUUCUAGAAAAGAAGUCGAUAACUUAAUUAAACAAGGAGAUACCGAGAAUUUAUCUUAA